UUACAUAUGUAAUUUACUUUUUAUAAUGAAGCCCACAAUGCCUUAAACUGUUUCUUUUGAAAUGCUGCCAGAGAAUUCUGCUCUGUUGUGUUCACUCAAUAGAACAAGGAAGUAAUAGAGAGAAAUCAAACUUGUCUAGCAGGUGACCCACGCAGGCACAUUAUUGUGGUGACCUGCACAAAGGCAUGCUAAUUCCAGGAAGAUUUUGUAGGCGGAUCAUUUGACACACAAAAAAAAAAAAAAAAAAAAAAAAAUCAGACCCUGAGGAACAAGUUCGGCAUCAAGGUUGUUUCCAGAAGCAAGAUGUAAAGUGCCUGGAUGAGCCAUAUAAAUGCCUUUUGUUUUGAAGAAAUAGAUUGAAGUGAUUUUCACGGACGUACAUCAGUGAGAAACAUGGCCGGUCAAGGACAAAUAUUAAAGUACUGCAUAGGAAUUGUUAUGGCUGUCCUGCUGACCCAUGAAUGUGUUGUGGAAACACUUGAUUUUCCAGAAACAAGUAUAGAUUUAGAGUUAAGCUACAUAGAUGGGCAACUGCGUCACAGAAUACCAAGAAGCGCAGAUUCGGAGCUGUUGGAGUUCAUUGUGGUUAUUGAGGUGAAUGCAUCUCAAGCUGUGGUGAUUGAACAGAUCAGAGCGUCGUUGGCCUCCAUCACGUUUCCUCUUCAACUGGACAACAGCACUGAAGUUACUGCUGCAAACAUUACAACAGUGUGCCAACCAAAUGAGUCUGAAUACCAGUGCGUUUGUGAAGAUGGAUAUGCAUGGUCAUACAACAACUGCCAGACAUAUGUGCCCUGUGGUGACAUCCGUUUUGGCUCAUGUGGAUGUAUCAAUGGUGUUCCCAGUGAUGGAGAGAUGUGUGUGCUGGAGAGUGAACUGCCCUUCACAGACUUCUUGUUUGAAAUCGAGUUGGAAUCAACAAGCAUCUCUGUGAUCGAUGAGAUGAGGCGAUUUCUGCAGAAUAUCAACCUUCCACUUCAAUUAGAUGAGGUGGUUGAAGUUUUAGAUGUGGACAUCACGACAGUCUGCAAUUUCAAUGACAGUGGAUACAAGUGUGUAUGUGAGGACCAGUAUCUCUGGCCAUGUGAAAAAUGCAAAGAAUAUGGGAGCUGUGACGGCAUCACUAACAACACAUGCAGCUGCAUCAAUGAUAUUCCAAGUGACAGACAGUUCUGUCAAACAGUCAGCGAGAUAACAAACUGCGGGCAACAACCAUCAGUUCCUGUCGAAUAUCUAACUGAAAUUCAGAUAGAUGCAGAGAAUCCUGCAAUCAUUGAUCUGUUGAGGCAACGUCUGAUGUUUUUCAGUUUGCCCUACACAGUCAGUGACAGCACUAACAUUACAAAAAUCAACAUAACUACUGUGUGUUCUCUGAAUGAAACUCAGUAUCAGUGUAAGUGUGAGGGUCUGUUUGUUUGGCCGAAUGACACGUGUCACUCAUACGAGGCCUGUGAUGACAUCACUGAUGGUUCAUGUACAUGUAUCAAUGCUCUUCCAAUCGACGGACAGUUCUGCCAGUUAAAAGAAGUGCAACCUUCUGACUACGUGAUUGACCUUGAUGUGAGAUUCUUUGACUUGUUCCUGAUAAGCUACUUACGAAAUCUCUUCACAAACAUCAGCCUUCCUCUCACUUUGAGCAACAGCAUAAAUAUCACAGAUAUCGACGUGACUACUGUGUGUGGGUUAAAUGGAACAGAAUAUGAGUGCAACUGUGAGCAGAAUCAUGUUUGGCCCAGUGACACCUGCAGGGCCUAUCAGGUGUGUGAUAGCAUUGUGGGAGGCAAUUGUGGAUGUAUUCAAGCUCUUCCUUCAGAGGGGCCACUUUGCCAGAGAGACAUCAAUGAAUGUAAAGAUGCAGUGUCAGUGUGUGGUCAGUACUCAGAUUGUAUUAACAUCAUUGGGAGUCACAUGUGUUCAUGCUGGAGUGGAUUUAAUACCUUCAAUAAAGACAGUCCUGUGAACCGCAACAACUCAUGUCAGGAUAUCAAUGAAUGUCUGUUCAGUCCAUCUGUAUGUGGUCCAAAUUCAAUCUGCACAAAUCAGCUGGGAAGUUACAAUUGCUCAUGUCUGGAUGGAUUCACUGCAACAGUUUCAAGUUUCCCCAUCAGCAACGAUAACACAUGUACAGAUGUGCAUGAAUGUCUUAAUACAUUGGAGGUCUGUGGUCCAAACUCUUAUUGCACGAACUCAAUUGGGGGUUACAACUGUUCCUGCUUGAGUGGAUUUACUGUAACAAAUAGCAGUGAACCAGUCAGCACCAGUAACCCAUGCAAUGUGACUCUCCCUUUGACUGAGUAUCUGAUUGAAAUCCAGAUCAAUAGCAUGGACAGUAGCAUCACUGAUCAGCUGAGGAACCUUCUGAUGUUUUUCAGUUUGCCCUACACAAUCAGUGACAGCACUAACAUUACAGAAAUCAACAUAACUACUGUGUGUUCUCUGAAUGAAACUCAGUAUCAGUGUAAGUGUGAGGGUCUGUUUGUUUGGCCGAAUGACACGUGUCACUCAUACGAGGCCUGUGAUGACAUCACUGAUGGUUCAUGUACAUGUAUCAAUGUUCUUCCAAUCGACGGACAGUUCUGCCAAGUUCUACCUUCUAACUACGUGAUUGACAUUGAUGUGAGAUUCUUUGACUCGUUCCUGGUGCACUACUUACGGAAUAUCGUCAGAAAUAUCAACCUGCCUUUGACUCUGAGAAAUAGCAUUAAUAUCACAGAUAUCGACAUGACUACUGUGUGUGGGUUAAAUGGAACAGAAUAUAAGUGCAACUGUGAGCAGAAUCAUGUUUGGCCCAGUGACACCUGCAGGGCCUAUCAGGUGUGUGAUAGCAUUGUGGGAGGCACUUGUGGAUGUAUUCAAGCUCUUCCUUCAGAGGGGUCACUUUGCCAGAGAGACAUCAAUGAAUGUAAAGAUGCAGUGUCAGUGUGUGGUCAGUAUUCAGAUUGUAUUAACAUCAUUGGGAGUCACAUGUGUUCAUGCUGGAGUGGAUUUAAUACCUCCAAUAAAGACAGUCCUGUGAGCCACAACAACUCAUGUCAAGAUAUAGAUGAAUGUCUGUUCAGUCCAUCUGUAUGUGGUCCAAAUUCCAUCUGCACAAAUCAGCUGGGAAGUUACAAUUGCUCAUGUCUGGAUGGAUUCACUGCAACAGUUUCAAGUUUCCCCAUCAGCAACGAUAACACAUGUACAGAUGUGCAUGAAUGUCUUAAUACAUUGGAGGUCUGUGGUCCAAACUCUUAUUGCACGAACUCAAUUGGGGGUUACAACUGUUCCUGCUUGAGUGGAUUUACUGUAACAAAUAGCAGUGAACCAGUCAGCACCAGUAACCCAUGCAAUGUGACUCUCCCUUUGACUGAGUAUCUGAUUGAAAUCCAGAUCAAUAGCAUGGACAGUAGCAUCACUGAUCAGCUGAGGAACCUUCUGAUGUUUUUCAGUUUGCCCUACACAAUCAGUGACAGCACUAACAUUACAGAAAUCAACAUAACUACUGUGUGUUCUCUGAAUGAAACUCAGUAUCAGUGUAAGUGUGAGGGUCUGUUUGUUUGGCCGAAUGACACGUGUCACUCAUACGAGGCCUGUGAUGACAUCACUGAUGGUUCAUGUACAUGUAUCAAUGCUCUUCCAAUCGACGGACAGUUCUGCCAAGUUCUACCUUCUAACUACUUGAUUGACAUUGAUGUGAGAUUCUUUGACUCGUUCCUGGUGGACUACUUACGGAAUAUCGUCAGAAAUAUCAACCUGCCUUUGACUCUGAGAAACAGCAUUAAUAUCACAGAUAUCGACAUGACUACUGUGUGUGGGUUAAAUGGAACAGAAUAUGAGUGCAACUGUGAGCAGAAUCAUGUUUGGCCCAGUGACACCUGCAGGGCCUAUCAGGUGUGUGAUAGCAUCGUGGGAGGCACUUGUGGAUGUAUUCAAGCUCUUCCUUCAGAGGGGUCACUUUGCCAGAGAGAUAUAAAUGAAUGUCUGUUCAGUCCAUCUGUAUGCGGUCCAAAUGCCAACUGCACAAAUGAAAAGGGAAGUUACAGUUGCUCAUGUUUGGAUGGAUUCACUGCAACCAUUAUACAUCUUUCUAUCAGCAUCAAUAACAAAUGCAGAGAUGUGGAUGAAUGUGUUGAGAUACCAGACGUCUGUGGUCCAAACUCAAUCUGUAACAACACUGUUGGGAGUCACAAUUGUUCAUGCAUGAGUGGAUAUAAUGUAACAGAUCCAGACCUCCCUAUAAACAGCAGUAACAUAUGCACAGAUAUAAAUGAAUGUCUGUUCAGUCCAUCUGUAUGUGGUCCAAAUGCCAACUGCACAAAUGAAAAAGGAAGUUACAAUUGCUCAUGUCUGGAUGGAUUCACUGAAACAAAUUUAAGUUUCCCCAUCAGCAACGAUAACACAUGUAGAGAUGUUGAUGAAUGUGUUGAGAUACCAGACAUCUGUGGUCCAAACUCAAUCUGUAACAACACUGUUGGGAGUCACAAUUGUUCGUGCAUGAGUGGAUAUAAUAUAACAGAUCCAAACCUCCCUAUAAACAGCAAUAACACAUGUGAAGAUAUCAAUGAAUGUCUGUUCAGUCCAUCUGUAUGUGGUCCAAAUGCCAACUGCACAAAUGAAAAGGGAAGUUACAAUUGCUCAUGUCUGGAUGGAUUCACUGCAUCAAACUCAAGUCUCUCCAUCAGCAACGAUAACACAUGUUCAGAUGUGGAUGAAUGUGUUGAGAUACCAGACAUCUGUGGUCCAAACUCAAUCUGUAACAACACUGUUGGGAGUCACAAUUGUUCAUGCAUGAGUGGAUAUAAUGUAACAGAUCCAAACCUCCCUAUAAACAGCAAUAACACAUGUGAAGAUAUAAAUGAAUGUCUGUUCAGUCCAUCUGUAUGUGGUCCAAAUGCCAACUGCACAAAUGAAAAGGGAAGUUACAAUUGCUCAUGUCUGGAUGGAUUCACUUCAACAAACUCAAGUCUCCCCAUCAGCAAUGAUAACACAUGUAGAGAUGUAGAUGAAUGUCUGUUCAGUUCUUCUGUAUGUGGUCCAAAUUCCAUCUGCAUGAAUGAAAUAGGAAGUUUUAAUUGCUCAUGUUUGUAUGGAUUCACUGUGACAAACUCAAGUCUCCCCAUCAGUACUGAUAACUCAUGUAGAGAUGUGGAUGAAUGCGAUGAGAAAUCAGACAUCUGUGGUCCGAACUCAAUCUGCAACAAUACUGUUGGAAGUCACAAUUGCUCAUGCAUGAGUGGAUAUAAUGUAACUGAUCCGAACCUCCCUAUAAACAGCAGUAACACAUGUGAAGAUAUAGAUGAAUGUCUGCUCAGUCCAUCUGUAUGUGGUCCAAAUGCCAACUGCACAAAUGAAAAGGGAAGUUACAAUUGCUCAUGUUUGAAUGGAUUCACUGCAACAAACUCAAGUCUAUCCAUCAGUAUUAAUAACACAUGUAGAGAUGUGGAUGAAUGUGAGACACCAGACAUCUGUGGUCCAAACUCAAUCUGCUACAACACUGUUGGGAGUUACAAUUGUUCAUGCAUGAGUGGAUAUAAUGUAACAGACCCAAACCUCCCUAUAAACAGCAAUAACACAUGCAAAGAUAUUUAUGAAUGUCUUGACUCAGUAUCAGUGUGUGGACUGAACUCUUACUGUUACAAUUACAACGGAAGCUUCUCGUGCUUUUGUUGGGAAGGAUAUAAUGCUUCAGAUGUAAAUAAAGAAGUUUCCAAAAGUAACCCAUGCAUUGAUAUAAAUGAAUGUCUGUUCAGUCCAUCUGUAUGUGGUCCAAAUGCCAACUGCACGAAUGAAAUAGGAAGUUACAAUUGCUCAUGUCUGGAUGGAUUCACUGCAACAAAUUCAAGUCUCUCCAUCAGCAUCAAUAACACUUGUAGAGAUGUGGAUGAAUGUGUUGAGAUAUCAGAUGUCUGUGGUCCAAACUCAAUCUGUAACAACACUGUUGGGAGUCACAAUUGUUCGUGCAUGAAUGGAUAUAAUGUAACAGAUCCAAACUUUCCUAUAAACAGCUAUAACCCAUGCAAAGAUAUUUAUGAAUGUCUUGAUUCAGUAUCAGUGUGUGGGCCAAACUCUUACUGUUACAAUUACAACGGAAGCUUCUCGUGCUUUUGUUGGGAUGGAUAUAAUGUCAGUGAUGGAAAUACAACAAUUAGGGAAGACAACCCAUGCACUGAUAUAAAUGAAUGUCUGCUCAGUCCAUCUGUAUGUGGUCCAAAUGCCAACUGCACAAAUGAAAAGGGAAGUUACAAUUGCUCAUGUCUGGAUGGAUUCACUGCAACAAACUCAAGUCUCACCAUCAGCAUCAAUAACAAAUGCACAGAUGUGGAUGAAUGUGUUGAGAUACCAGACGUCUGUGGUCCAAACUCAAUCUGUAACAACACUGUUGGGAGUCACAAUUGUUCAUGCAUGAAUGGAUAUAAUGUAACAGAUCCAAACCUCCCUAUAAACAGCAAUAACACAUGUGAAGAUAUAAAUGAAUGUCUGUUCAGUCCAUCUGUAUGUGGUCCAAAUUCAAACUGCACAAAUGAAAAAGGAAGUUACAAUUGCUCAUGUCUGGAUGGAUUCACUGCAACAAACUCAAGUCUCACCAUCAGCAUCAAAAAUCAAUGUAGAGAUGUGGAUGAAUGUUUUGAGAUACCAGACAUCUGUGGUCCAAACUCAAUCUGUAACAACACUGUUGGGAGUCACAAUUGUUCAUGCAUGAGUGGAUAUAAUGUAACAGAUCCAAACCUCCCUAUAAAUCACAGUAACAUAUGCAAAGAUGUGAAUGAAUGUGUUGAGAUACCAGACAUCUGUGGUCCAAACUCAAUCUGUAACAACACUGUUGGGAGUCACAAUUGUUCAUGCAUGAGUGGAUAUAAUGUAACAGAUCCAAACCUCCCUAUAAACAGCAAUAACACAUGUAAAGAUAUAGAUGAAUGUCUGUUCAGUCCAUCUGUAUGCGGUCCAAAUGCCAACUGCACAAAUGAAAAGGGAAGUUACAAUUGCUCAUGUCUGGAUGGAUUCACUGAAACAAACUCAAGCCUCAAAAUCAGCAUCAAUAACACUUGUAGAGACGUUGAUGAAUGUGUUGAGAUAUCCAACAUCUGUGGUCCAAACUCAAUCUGUAACAACACUGUUGGGAGUCACAAUUGUUCAUGCAUGAGUGGAUAUAAUGUAACAGAUCCAAACCUCCCUAUAAACAGCAGUAACAUAUGCAAAGAUAUAAUUGAAUGUCUGUUCAGUCCAUCUGUAUGUGGUCCAAAUGCAAACUGCACAAAUGAAAAGGGAAGUUAUAAUUGCUCAUGUCUGGAUGGAUUCACUGCAACAAACUCAAGUCUAUCCAUCAGUAUUAAUAACACAUGUAGAGAUGUGGAUGAAUGUGUUGAGAUACCAGACAUCUGUGGUCCAAACUCAAUCUGUAACAACACUGUUGGGAGUCACAAUUGUUCGUGCAAGAGUGGAUAUAAUGUAACAGAUCCAAACCUCCCUAUAAACAGCAGUAACACAUGCAAAGAUGUGAAUGAAUGUGUUGAAAUACCAGACAUCUGUGGUCCAAACUCAAUCUGUAACAACACUGUUGGGAGUCACAAUUGUUCGUGCAUGAGUGGAUAUAAUGUAACAGAUCCAAACCUCCCUAUAAACAGCAAUAACACAUGUGAAGAUAUAAUUGAAUGUCUGUUCAGUCCAUCUGUAUGUGGUCCAAAUGCAAACUGCACAAAUGAAAAGGGAAGUUACAAUUGCUCAUGUCUGGAUGGAUUCACUGCAACAAACUCAAGUCUAUCCAUCAGCAUCAAAAAUCUAUGUAGAGAUGUGGAUGAAUGUUUUGAGAUACCAGACAUCUGUGGUCCAAACUCAAUCUGUAACAACACUGUUGGGAGUCACAAUUGUUCAUGCAUGAGUGGAUAUAAUGUAACAGAUCCAAACCUCCCUAUAAACAGCAGUAACAUAUGCAAAGACGUUGAUGAAUGUGUUGAGAUACCAGACAUCUGUGGUCCAAACUCAAUCUGUAACAACACUGUUGGGAGUCACAAUUGUUCAUGCAAGAGUGGAUAUAAUGUAACAGAUCCAAACCUCCCUAUAAACAGCAAUAACACAUGUAAAGAUAUAAUUGAAUGUCUGUUCAGUGCAUCUGUAUGUGGUCCAAAUGCCAACUGCACAAAUGAAAAGGGAAGUUACAAUUGCUCAUGUUUGGAUGGAUUCACUGCAUCAAACUCAAGUCUCCCCAUCAGCAACAAUAACACAUGUACAGCAGAACCACCAACACCAACUACCACAACCACUACGGCUGCAACACCUAAUGCAACAAUCAUUACAUCUGCGACACCUAAUACAACAAUCAUUACAUCUGCAACACCUAAUGCAACAAACACUACAUCUGCAGCACCUAAUACAACAAUCAUUACAGCUGCAACACCUAAUACAACAAACACUACAUCUGCAACACCUACUACAACAAACACUACAGCUGCAACACCUAAUACAACAAACACUACAUCUGCAGCACCUAAUACAACAAGCAUUACAGCUGCAACACCUAAUACAACAGACACUACAUCUGCAGCACCUAAUACAACAAACACUACAUCUGCAGCACCUAAUACAACAAUCAUUACAGCUGCAACACCUAAUACAACAAACACUACAUCUGCAGCACCUAAUACAACAAGCAUUACAGCUGCAACACCUAAUACAACAAACACUUCAUCUGCAACACCUAAUACAACAAGCAUUACAGUUGCAACACCUAAUGCAACAAGCAUUACAGCUGCAACACCUAAUGCAACAAUCAUUACAGCUGCAACACCUACUACAACAACCACUACUGCUGCAACACCUACUACAACAACCACUACUGCUGCAACACCUACUACUACUCCAAAAACUACAGUUCUUCUAAUCUCAAUGAAAAUCGAUGCCGUUUUUGAUACCAGUCUCAACAACCAAAAUAAUGAGAAGUUCAAAAUCCUUGCCAGACAAAUUGAGUCAGCAAUUGAACAAAUUUACAAAAAUGUGCUUGCCUACAAAAAAGGUUCAAUAAAAGUAUUUCGUUUCAGGCCUGGUAGCAUUAUAGCAGACUAUCAGAUUGAAUCAACAGACAGCAGCCCCAACAGCCCUGCAUUUGCAGAAGCAAACACACAGCUCAUCAGCGUUCUCAAAGAUCAAGGAAUCACUGUAGCUCCGAAUGCUUUUGCUCAGAGUGAACAAAAGAACUUGUCCACAGCAAAAAACUGGUAUCCAGAGCAAAAUAUGGUGCUGAAAUGCGAACGCCUAGACUCAGGUACAAUGAGAUGGACAGUGAAUGACCAAGAUCCUGCACAAAACAAAGUUAAAUACGUCAUUUCAGAUGACAGUACCACUCUCACUGUGAACAACGUCAAUGAGAAUGACAAAGCUCGAUAUGCAUGUAUCAUAGACAGGACAAUACCUUACAUUCAAUGGCAAGAUAUAGUUAUUGAAACACUUCCCAAUAUCAUAGUGGGUGAAAAUGUAAGAAAGUUUCAGUGUGUUGACCAGACUGUUUCACUGAAAUGCUGUGAAGAGAAGUACAGUGUGGAGUGGACCCAGAUAACCUCUGAUGAUGUAGUGACUUCAGAGGACAAAUGCAUCACAUUAAGACAUACAAUCAAAACUGGAAAUUGUGGGAGUAAAACCUUUACAUGUCGACUCAAGGACCCGGUGCUUCAAGGUUUCACCUACAGCAGUAAAAGUGUUAUUGUUAAUAAAGUGAACGCAGUGUUCAGCUGUAAAGAUGCAACAUUUGGGGAUGGACAGGAAGGUGAUACUUUGACAGGACCCUGUGAAAAAGGCAAGGAAGGCACAAUAAAAUAUAGAUGUAGUUCAGGUAGAUGGGUGCCUCAGGAGACAAACUGUAUACUUCAAGUUAUCAAAGGCCUUGAAAAGGAUGCUGCGGUCUUGGUGGUGCAGGACAUACCAGAAUUUGUGGCUCAGCUGAGUACUGCUACAGAGAAUAAUACACAAGUGAUAACACAGUCUGCUGUGACUGUCCAAACCAUUGUUGGAAUACUUGUGAAAGUUUCUGGUGUUUCACAAAACAUUAUCAUCAAUCAGCCGGUGAUGGAGGAUUUCCUUAAAACAGUGGAUAUCAUUGUUUCGACAUCUGCCAUUGAAACCUGGAAAAAUUUAAACAAUAACAACAAGACAGAUAACACCAGCACAGCACUUCUGAAAGCUAUUGAGGAUAUAAGUAACCGUCUCACAAAUGCCAAUUUUAGGAUUAAUGCAACAUCUAUUGAGUUGAAUAGAACUAUAACAAACACCACCUUUUAUAGUGGAAUAUCGAAUCUGCCAAACUCAACUACUGAGAUCCAGAUACCAGAGAUUUCUUUAUCCACUGCUAUAACCAUCAUAGUCUUCACAACUCUUGACAGCAUCCUACCUACUCGAGAUACUAGAAGUAACGGCAGUAGCAAAUCAGAUAUGCGCAUCAAUGGAGAUGUGGUUGUGGUAAAAGUUGACAACAAAACGAUUAACAACAUAUCUUUUGCGUUUGACAUUACUAAUAAGUCUUUGGGAAAUCCUCAGUGUGUCUUUUGGAACUUUUAUCUCGAUGCAUGGGAUUCCACUGGAUGUAAAUCAAAGUCCUAUAAAAGUGAAGGGAACAGAACUGGCAAGAUUACAUGUGAAUGCAACCAUACAACCUCUUUUUCAAUCCUAAUGUCACCGUUUUCCAUUGAUAACAUUGCCUUAGCCUAUAUAACUUACAUUGGCGUAGCCAUUUCGAUGGCCAGCUUGAUUAUAUGCCUGAUUAUUGAGACUAUUGUGUGGAGGUCAAUGACAAGAAACGACACAUCCUACAUGCGACAUGUCUCCAUAGUCAACAUUGCCGUGUCUCUGCUGAUAGCAAAUGUCUGUUUUAUCAUUGGAGCCGCAGUCGCAGAAAGUGAGCAGCCAACUUCAGUGGGUCGCUGCAGUCCAGUGGUUUUCUUCAUGCACUUCUUUUACCUGGCUCUUUUCUUCUGGAUGUUAAUGUCAGCGCUGUUGCUCUUUUACCGUACCGUCAUGGUCUUGUCUCAAAUGUCAAGGGCUAAAAUGAUGGCCAUUGCCUUCAUAGUUGGUUAUGGUGCACCUUUGCUCAUAGCGGCCAUUACGGUUGCAUCAACAGCUGGACCUCAAAAUUAUGUUUCCAAAAGAAAUGCAUGCUGGCUGAACUGGUUAGAAUCAAAGGCCCUGCUGGCAUUUGUGGUUCCAGCUCUCACUAUUGUAGCCAUAAACCUUUUGGUUUUGAUUGUGGUUCUGUACAAGAUGUUGAGGAGAGGAGUUGGUGCCACAACUCAACCAGAUGAGAAACAUGCCCUGGUGGUCAUUGCCAGAUGUGUGGCCAUUUUGACUCCUAUCUUUGGUCUUACAUGGGGAUUUGGAAUUGGAACCAUGGUGUCACAGGAAUUAGGCAUUCAUGUGGUGUUUGCACUCCUCAAUUCACUGCAGGGGUUCUUUAUUUUGGUGUUUGGAACACUUUUAGACAGCAAGAUCCGUGAGGCUCUGGCAGGAAGACUGUCACUAAGGAACCUUACCAGCUCUAACCGAACCAGGAGUACUAGUGCAGGACCGUCAUCUUCAGGCAUACAGAGUUUAUUUCAAAGGAUGCGGAGAAGAAAUGUGUACAACGUUUCUGAAGCUUUCUCAGCAGCUACAUCUUCACACAAUUCCAGUGGCACAGAUACUUUUGUGAAUGCAUAAUCAGCUAACUUCAUUAAAACUAUAGUCUACUUUAUUAAAUGUUAAACAGCCUUUUCCAAACAAGUUUUCUACCUUGCUAGUAUAUGUAAACCGUAUUAUCAGUUACUGAUUUCUGGGAAGAAGUAUUUCUAUGUUCUGACAUAUUAAUAACAAUUUCUUACAAUCAACAGAUCUAAUAUUUAAUCAAGAAUAUGUUUAAUAUGAUGGUGCAGUAGGCAUGAUUGCAUAAAUUUCUGAAAAAAUAUAUAUAUAUAUACAUUUGCCUUUUGUCAUACUGUUCUGUACUGAUUAUUUAAAUAAAUAAAUAUAAAAAUAGUUUUACAGCUUCACCGAAAAUGAAA